UUCGCGUUUCCCCGCCGUGAGAUUUAGUCGUCGUAACGAAAUUUGCUGCCAGAUUUCAGGCUGGCAGUGCGUGGAGCUGAGCGAGUUGGUAACAUAUUUGAACUAUUAUCAACAUUUUAAUGUUGUUUAUUAUUUUUUUUCUGCCCAGAAAAUAUAAGAGUAAACUUUAUAGAUUCGGAACUAAGCCUGUGUAUUUCAUGCCUCUUGUGAACUAGCGGAUUUUUUUUGACCGGGCAGUAGGUGCCACGACGCUAAGGAUUUUAUUUAUACCUGUUUGAAAGUUUUCUUUCUGCAUUUCCGAGCCAUCCUACAAGGAUAUCAAAAUGGGCAUAUUAGAAAAAAUAUCUGAAAUUGAGAAGGAAAUCUCACGAACUCAAAAAAAUAAAGCCACUGAAUACCACCUGGGCUUACUAAAAGCAAAGCUAGCUAAAUAUAGAGCUCAGCUGUUAGAACCCUCAAAAUCCGGUGGAACAAAAGGUGAGGGGUUUGAUGUCAUGAAAUCUGGAGAUGCAAGAGUUGCACUUAUUGGGUUCCCUUCAGUGGGGAAGUCUACUUUUUUGAGCUUGAUGACAUCAACUGCCAGUGAAGCUGCAUCUUAUGAAUUUACUACAUUGACGUGUAUUCCUGGUGUUAUUGAGUAUAAAGGGGCAAACAUUCAGCUUUUGGAUUUGCCUGGAAUUAUUGAAGGUGCAGCACAAGGAAAAGGACGUGGAAGACAAGUGAUAGCUGUUGCCAGGACUGCAGAUGUUGUUAUUAUGAUGCUGGAUGCUACUAAAGGUGAUGUUCAGAGGAGUCUCUUAGAAAAAGAACUGGAAUCUGUUGGAAUUAGGUUAAACAUGUCCAAACCUAAUAUAUACUUCAAGCCAAAGAAAGGUGGUGGUAUUUCUUACAACUCAACAGUUCCUCUUACACAGUGUUCUGAAAAGCUAGUUCAACUUAUUCUACAUGAAUACAAAAUCUUUAAUGCAGAGGUUUUGUUCAGGGAAGACUGCAGCCCAGAUGAAUUUAUUGAUGUGAUUGUUGGAAACCGAGUGUACAUGCCCUGUCUUUAUGUUUACAAUAAAGUAGAUCAAAUUUCCAUGGAGGAAGUAGACCGUCUUGCAAGAAGACCAAACAGUGUUGUGAUCAGCUGUGGGAUGAAACUAAAUUUGGAUUACUUGCUGGAGAUGCUUUGGGAGUACUUGGCACUUAUCUGUAUCUACACAAAGAGGAGGGGAGAGAGGCCUGACUUCAGUGAUGCAAUUAUCAUGAGAAGAGGAGCAUCAGUGGAACAUGUGUGCCAUCGAAUUCAUAGAACUUUAGCAAGUCAAUUUAAAUAUGCUCUGGUGUGGGGAACAAGUACCAAGUACAGUCCUCAGAGAGUUGGACUGACACACAUCAUGGAACAUGAGGAUGUUAUCCAGAUUGUGAAAAAAUAGCCAAAUGUAAAAAUAUGUACACCAGUCAUGCCUCAAAGAAUCUUAGAAUUCAGUCCAGAAAGUGACACAGAAAUAUUAUUUAACAAAGUGAACACCAAAAUAAGACUGUAUACAAAGUAAAGAAGUCAUAUAAAAUGUAUAUAAAAAUGCUGAUUUCUUCUGCAUCUUUCAGAAAUAUACUGCAGAUGUCAAAUGCCAUGUGCCCUAGUAUUUUAAUACAGCCUUUUUAAUGGGAAUUUAUGAACUGAAUGCAUUACACAUUAUGAAUUUAACUGCAAAUUGGGAAAAAAAAGUUUUCUGAGAGGGAAGUGCAUUCAGAGGAUUUAUACAGUGUAUAAUAAACCUACUCUAAAUAAUGCCUUUUGUGAAAGUUACGUGUUCUUAAGUCUAAAUUAAAUACUUAACUGCAUUAGUUCUUACAAAUGCCACCAUGGCCAUAGAUCAGUGAAUGCCUGAUACAGAAAAUACAAACUGUGUAAUGUGAUUCAGGUACAGCUAAGUGAAUUAAAACAAAAUCCAAUACUCUGGGAAGUGAGACAAAAUGCAAGAAUUUGCCAGGACAGCUUUGCUAAUGCUACUUUAACAAUUUGUCUUUAAAGAAGGAUUUGUGUCCUCAGUUAAAAAAAUAAAUAAAUAUUAUACACCCUGGAAUAGAAUAUUUUUUAAUUUCGCCUGGAAGUUUUUUGACAACUCAAUUUUAAUUGCAAUAAAAAGGAAAACUACUGAAAUCAUUU